AUCGCCCGGUCCGCGGCGAGGUGGGGCCUGGUGUUUGCCCCGGAAGUGGCUGUCUUCAGCUGACAGCUGCUGAUAAGGUGGCGGCGGCGAAGGCAGCGGCAGGACGGGAGCAAGAUGGCGCUGCGGCCAGGAGCUGGUUCUGGUGGCAGUGGGGCCGCGGGAGCUGGCGCGGGGUCCGCCGGGGGAGGCGGCUUCAUGUUUCCUGUUGCAGGUGGGAUAAGACCCCCUCAAGCAGGCCUGAUGCCAAUGCAGCAACAAGGAUUUCCUAUGGUCUCUGUCAUGCAGCCUAAUAUGCAAGGCAUUAUGGGAAUGAAUUACAGCUCUCAGAUGUCCCAAGGACCUAUUGCUAUGCAGGCAGGAAUACCAAUGGGACCAAUGCCAGCAGCGGGAAUGCCUUACCUAGGACAAGCACCCUUCCUGGGCAUGCGUCCUCCAGGCCCACAGUACACUCCAGACAUGCAGAAGCAGUUUGCCGAAGAGCAGCAGAAACGAUUUGAACAGCAGCAAAAACUCUUAGAAGAAGAAAGAAAAAGACGCCAAUUUGAAGAGCAGAAGCAAAAGCUCAGACUUUUGAGCAGUGUGAAACCCAAGACAGGAGAGAAGAGUAGAGAUGAUGCUUUGGAAGCCAUAAAAGGAAAUUUAGAUGGGUUUUCCAGAGAUGCAAAAAUGCACCCUACUCCAGCAUCGCACCCCAAGAAACCAGAUUGCCCCACAUCAUCUCAUUCUACUAAAACUGUCUCCCCAUCACCUGCCUUUCUUGAUGAAGAAGAAUUCAGUGACUUUAUGCAGGGGCCUGUUGAAGUUCCCCCAUGUGGGCCUUCUUCCACGUCCCAGCCCUUUCAGUCUUUCCACCCCUCCACCCCACUUGGCCAGUUGCAUACACAGAAGGCUGGGACACAGCCUCUCCCUCCAAGUCAGAGUCCAGUGCCUUUUGCCUUACAUGGCAUCCCUGGGCAAAUUCCUUACUUCUCUACUGCUUCAGCCUCACACAGUGUACCAGAAGCAGGCCCUUCCUUGGAGGAGAAGUUCCUAGUAUCUUGUGAUAUAAGUACAUCUGGGCAGGAACAAAUUAAAUUAAAUACUUCUGAAGUUGGCCACAAAGCCCUAGGCCCAGGUUCCAGUAAGAAGUAUCCCAGUUUAAUGGCCAGUAACGGGGUUGCUGUAGAUGGAUGUGUAAGUGGUACCACCACUGCAGAGGCAGAAAAUACUUCAGAUCAAAACCUGUCAGUUGAAGAGAGUGGUGUGGGAGUAUUUCCCUCACAGGAUCCUGCUCAGCCCAGAAUGCCUCCUUGGAUUUACAAUGAGAGUUUGGUUCCAGAUGCCUAUAAGAAAAUCUUAGAAACCACAAUGACUCCAACUGGAAUAGAUACUGCCAAACUGUAUCCCAUUCUGAUGUCAUCUGGGCUUCCCAGGGAAACUCUUGGACAGAUAUGGGCCUUAGCUAAUCGAACUACACCUGGCAAACUUACAAAAGAAGAACUUUAUACCGUUCUAGCCAUGAUAGCGGUAACACAGAGGGGCGUUCCUGCAAUGAGUCCUGAUGCUUUAAACCAGUUCCCAGCCGCUCCUAUUCCAACUUUAAGUGGCUUUUCUAUGACUCUGCCUACGCCGGUGAGUCAGCCAGCUGUGAUACCUUCAGGCCCUGCGGGCUCCAUGCCCCUCAGCCUUGGACAGCCAGUCAUGGGCAUUAACCUUGUUGGACCAGCGGGUGGAGCUGCAGCCCAGGCUUCUAGUGGUUUCAUACCAACCUACCCUGCAAAUCAGGUAGUAAAGCCAGAAGAAGACGACUUCCAGGAUUUUCAAGAUGCUUCUAAGUCAGGAUCCCUUGAUGACUCAUUCAGUGAUUUCCAAGAGUUGCCUGCUUCUUCAAAAACAAGUAACUCCCAGCAUGGAAACAGUGCCCCUUCUUUGUUGAUGCCACUUCCUGGAACUAAAGCAUUGCCUUCAAUGGACAAAUAUGCUGUGUUUAAAGGAAUUGCAGCUGACAAGUCCUCUGAAAAUACUGUUCCACCUGGAGAUCCUGGUGAUAAAUAUAGGGCUUUCAGAGAACUUGAACAGACAGCAGAGAAUAAACCUUUAGCCCUUUCACCCAGCUUACAUUUCCAAUGGAAAAGUUUACAAUUCAUCAGAGAAAGCUUUGCAGAAUUCAGAUCUGCAGGAACUGAUGAUGGUUUCACCGAUUUUAAAACAGCCGAUAGUGUAUCACCACUAGAGCCACCAACAAAAGACAAAACUUUUCCACCAUCCUUCCCCUCAGGAACUAUACAACAGAAACAACAAACACAAGUGAAAAACCCUCUGAACUUAGCAGACCUAGAUAUGUUUUCCUCAGUUAAUUGCAGCAGCGAGAAACCAUUGUCUUUUUCAGCUGCGUUUAGCACAUCAAAAUCAGUUUCUGCACCACAGUCAACAGGUUCUGCUGCUACUACGACAGCAUUGGCAGCAACGAAAACUUCUAGUUUGGCUGAUGAUUUUGGAGAAUUCAGCCUUUUUGGGGAAUAUUCUGGUCUAGCACCUGUUGGGGAGCAGGAUGACUUUGCAGAUUUUAUGGCUUUCAGUAAUAGCUCUAUUUCAUCUGAGCAAAAGCCGGAUGACAAAUAUGAAGCCCUUAAAGAGGAAGCCAGUCCUAUUCCUCUAACCAGCAACGUGGGCAGCACAGUGAAGGGUGGACAAAACUCGACUGCUGCAUCUACCAAGUACGAUGUCUUCAGACAACUUUCUCUGGAAGGGUCUGGACUAGGUGUUGAAGACCUAAAAGAUAACACUCCUUCAGGAAAAAGUGAUGAUGAUUUUGCUGACUUCCACUCCAGUAAAUUUUCUUCCAUAAACUCGGACAAAUCCCUGGGAGAGAAAGCAGUGGCUUUCAGACACACCAAAGAAGACUCUGCGUCAGUGAAGUCCUUAGAUCUCCCUUCCAUUGGUGGCAGCAGUGUUGGCAAGGAGGACUCUGAAGAUGCACUCUCUGUUCAGUUUGACAUGAAAUUGGCUGAUGUGGGAGGAGAUCUUAAGCAUGUCAUGUCUGAUAGCUCUUUGGAUUUACCAACAGUUAGUGGCCAGCAUCCUCCUGCUGCAGAUAUAGAGGACUUAAAAUAUGCUGCUUUUGGAAGCUACAGUAGCAAUUUUGCAGUGAGCACACUUACAAGCUAUGACUGGUCAGACAGGGAUGAUGCAACUCAGGGCAGAAAACUCUCUCCAUUUGUCCUCUCAGCAGGAAGUGGAUCCCCCUCAGCCACCUCAGUUCUUCAAAAGAAAGAGACUUCAUCUGGCAGUUCUGAAAACAUCACCAUGACAUCUCUCUCCAAAGUAACAACCUUUGUAAGUGAAGAUGCUCUUCCAGAGACCACCUUCCCAGCUUUUGCCAGUUUUAAAGACACGAUUCCUCAGACCAGUGAGCAAAAGGAAUAUGAAAACAGAGACUAUAAAGAUUUCACAAAACAGGACCUGCCUACGGCUGAACGGAGACAGGAGGCCACGUGUCCCAGCCCAGCGUCCAGUGGUGCCUCUCAAGAAACCCCCAACGAAUGUUCAGAUGACUUUGGAGAGUUUCAAAGUGAAAAGCCCAAAAUCAGCAAAUUUGACUUCUUAGUAGCCACUUCACAAAGCAAAAUGAAAUCCAGUGAAGAAAUGAUCAAAAGUGAGCUGGCAACCUUUGACCUUUCUGUUCAAGGAUCACACAAGAGGAGUUUGAGCCUUGGUGAUAAAGAAAUAAGCCGUUCUUCUCCUUCUCCAGCUUUGGAGCAGCCUUUCAGAGACCGUUCCAAUACUCUGAAUGAGAAGCCCGCCCUGCCCGUCAUCCGAGACAAGUACAAAGACCUGACGGGAGAGGUGGAGGAAAAUGAGAGAUAUGCAUAUGAAUGGCAGAGAUGCCUGGGGAGUGCCCUGAAUGUCAUUAAGAAGGCAAAUGAUACCUUAAAUGGAAUCAGUAGUAGUUCUGUUUGCACAGAAGUAAUUCAGUCAGCUCAAGGCAUGGAAUAUUUAUUAGGUGUCGUUGAAGUGUACAGGGUAACCAAGCGUGUGGAGCUGGGGAUAAAAGCCACUGCAGUGUGCAGUGAGAAACUCCAGCAGUUGCUGAAGGACAUCGAUAAAGUAUGGAAUAACCUAAUCGGCUUCAUGUCACUCGCCACACUCACACCAGAUGAAAACUCACUGGAUUUUUCCUCCUGUAUGUUACGGCCUGGGAUUAAAAAUGCUCAGGAGCUUGCCUGUGGAGUGUGCCUCUUGAAUGUGGACUCGAGGAGCCGGAAAGAAGAGAAGCCUGCAGAAGAACAUCCUAAAAAAGCAUUCAACUCAGAAACAGACAGUUUCAAGCUGGCCUAUGGAGGGCACCAGUAUCACGCCAGCUGUGCCAACUUCUGGAUCAACUGUGUCGAACCAAAGCCUCCUGGCCUCGUCCUGCCUGACCUGCUCUGAACAACUCCUCUGUGAAGCAUUGACUUUUUUUUUUUUUCUGUGACACCCCACGGGGUGACAGGGACCAAUAAAUAGAAUGCGAGCACUGCACAGUUCGCUUCCCUGAAUCGAUAUGAAGAACACCGCAAGGGACGGGGCCCCCGUCAUCCCCACGGCCAGUCUGCAGGACUUCAGGUAAAAUUGUCCCACCCAAACUGCACGUGGCACCAGAAGCUUGCUCACUUAUCUCUACUUAAGAUUUUCUGAAAUACGGACCACGGCUUUCUUGAUCUAAGGAAGAACUUGCUGCUGCAGUAUUGAAACUGUGAAGAACUGACAUUUGAAGAAAAAUAGAUUACCGUUGCGGGACUAGAAUGGGCGACUGCUUGGAGCCAGUGCUUGUUUUUAUCUAGGACACUUACUGUCCUGUGAAGUAGAAUGCAUUUAUCUGCAUUUAGUUUGUUAAUGUCUGAAAUGAAUAAAAAGAGGAAAUUGCGAUUAAA